UUCACUUUGUUUGAGCAACAAAACCAGUGGGUCGGUAGUUCUCUUUCUCUAACCUCAGUUUAGAAAGAGAGAAGAAAUGGCGGAGAGACUGUCCCUCACCUUCUUCGCAUCUCGUCUCCUCCCAACGGGGAAAGCUCUUCUCCCCCAUUUUCAGCUUAAACAACCACACCAGCUCCCCCUCAAUUCUCUCUCCUCUUUCUCCACAAUCUCUCGCCGCCGCCCUGUUUCCCUGUCUCAGAGUCUUCAGAGGAAGGGAAGUAUUGUGCGAUCCUAUGCAGGAUCACCUGUUUCUGUUACAUCCUUUGCCUCAGACCCUGAUCAGUUGAAGAAGGCCAGGGAAGAUAUUCGACAACUGCUCAAGACCACUUUCUGUCAUCCUAUUAUGGUUCGGUUGGGUUGGCAUGAUGCUGGCACCUAUAACAAAAAUAUUGAGGAAUGGCCACAAAGAGGCGGGGCCAAUGGAAGCCUGCGUUUUGAGAUAGAAUUAAAGCAUGCAGCAAAUGCUGGUCUUGUCAAUGCAUUAAAGCUUCUUCAACCUAUCAAGGAGAAGUAUUCUGGUGUUACCUAUGCAGAUUUGUUUCAGUUGGCUAGUGCGACAGCUAUAGAGGAGGCAGGUGGCCCAAAAAUACCCAUGAAGUAUGGAAGAGUAGAUGCUAAUGGGCCUGAUCAGUGUCCUGAAGAGGGGAGGCUUCCAGAUGCUGGGCCUCCAUCACCUGCUGAUCAUCUCCGUGAUGUCUUUUACCGGAUGGGCCUCAAUGACAAGGAUAUAGUUGCACUAUCUGGUGCCCACACCUUGGGAAGGUCUAGACCAGAACGUAGUGGUUGGGGCAAGCCAGAAACAAAGUACACUAAAGAUGGCCCUGGAGCACCAGGAGGACAGUCAUGGACUGUGCAAUGGUUGAAGUUUGACAACUCCUACUUCAAAGAUAUCAAGGAGAAGAGAGACGAAGAUCUGUUAGUUUUGCCUACUGAUGCUGUUCUAUUCGAAGACCCAUCUUUCAAGGAAUAUGCGGAGAAAUAUGCAUCAGACCAGGAUGCUUUUUUCAAGGAUUAUGCUGAAGCUCAUGCAAAACUUAGCAAUCUGGGUGCAAAAUUUGAUCCUCCUGAGGGUUUCUCGGUAGAUGAAGAGCCACCUGCUACAACUGAGAAAUUUGUUGCAGCAAGCUACUCAACUGAAGGAAGCAAGAAGGCUUAAUCAUAGAAACAAGCACCAUAUUUUCUUCUGCUGUGUUUUUUAGUAACACAAGAUGUGAUGUGAAGCUCCUUUUCCAACACUACAAAAGCCAAUGAUAUUAAGAACAAAGAAAACAAAAAAGGGAUAAACAAAAUGUGACUCCUAAUAAUAUUUGACUGCAGAGAGAGUUGUCAGACGCUAUGAAGCAGAAGAUCCGAGCAGAAUAUGAAGCUAUUGGGGGCAGCCCAGAUAAGCCUCUCAAGUCAAAUUAUUUCCUUAAUAUUAUGAUUUUGGUUGCUGCUUUAGCAUUUUUGACAUCUCUGCUUGGGAGCUGAGUUGUAUUUGUACUCUUCCAUUGAUGGCUUGAUCUGCAGUUGAUGCUCUGAGAGCUGAAGGACUCUCUGACAAGAGUGCUCUUGAUCAUCAACCUGCUAGUAUAUAGACCACCGCUCUCUCUCUC